CCCCGGCCCCCUCCGCGCCCCCUCCGCGCCCCGCGGGCCGCACUGGGCAUGCUCGGCACCGGCCGCUCCGGCUGCCGCAGGUGCAAGCCCCGUACCGCCCGCCCGCGCCCCCGCCCUCGGAGCUCCCCGGCGCCGGCGGAGGCUGCUCGCCCGCGGUAGGAGCUGCCGGGUCGGGCGCGGGGCGGAGCGGCGGCAUCCGCACAGGCGGGCCAUGGCGCGGGGCGCUCGGCGGCCCCCGGAGCGGCGCGGCGGCGUCAGGUUCUUAAUCAAGAACCAACUCUAUGGAUCCAGGACAGGUUUGUCCCAUGGUCUGCUCUGAAAGCGUGUUGUCCGAUAGAAGAUUUCAUUGGCAAACCAUCUCUGUUGCCUUAUAGAGCAAGCAAAGAAGAUGGAUCGAUUGAAGAACCAUCUGCCUGUGUGCUUUCUACCUACUGUGCCCUUUGUAGUCCUAGUAUCCACUCUAGCCACUGCUAAGACUGUGACUAAUAGCACUUUAAAUGGCAGUGACGUGGUCUUGGGCUCUGUGCCCGUAAUCAUUGCCAGAACCGACCAUAUCAUAGUCAAGGAAGGGAACAGUGCCUUGAUUAAUUGUAGUGUUUAUGGCAUCCCCGAUCCACAAUUCAAGUGGUAUAAUUCCGUUGGCAAGCUGCUGAAAGAAGAUGAGGAGAAGGAGAGAGGAGGAGGAAAAUGGCAGAUGCACGACAGUGGCCUCCUGAACAUCACCAAGGUGUCUUUUUCAGACCGAGGUAAAUAUACAUGUGUUGCUUCUAACGUCCAUGGCACUGUGAACAACACAGUGACCCUGAGAGUCAUCUUUACCUCUGGAGACAUGGGCGUCUACUACAUGGUCGUCUGCCUUGUGGCCUUCACCGUUGUCAUGAUCCUCAAUAUCACCCGCCUGUGCAUGAUGAGCAGCCACCUGAAGAAGACUGAGAAAGCCAUCAAUGAAUUCUUUAGGACAGAAGGUGCAGAGAAGCUGCAGAAGGCAUUUGAGAUUGCCAAGCGGAUCCCCAUCAUCACCUCAGCCAAAACUCUAGAGCUUGCCAAAGUCACCCAGUUCAAAACCAUGGAGUUUGCCCGCUAUAUUGAAGAGCUUGCCAGGAGUGUGCCUCUGCCUCCACUCAUCAUGAACUGUAGGACUAUCAUGGAGGAAAUCAUGGAAGUAGUUGGACUUGAGGAGCAGGGGCAGAAUUUUGUGCGGCAUACUCCAGAAGGCCAGGAGGCUUCCGACAGGGAUGAGGUUUACACGAUCCCAAACUCCCUGAAAAGAAGUGACUCACCCACCGCGGACUCGGAUGCCUCAUCACUGCAUGAGCAGCCCCAGCAAAUCGCCAUCAAGGUGUCUGUUCACCCACAGUCCAAAAAAGAUCACAUGGGUGACCAGGAAGCUGUACAAUUUGAGGUCAAAGACGAAGAGGAGACAGAACCGUCUGCUGAACAUUCCCCAGAAACUGCAGAACCUUCUACAGAUAUAACAUCCACAGAGCUAACAUCUGAAGAGCCAACACCUGUUGAGGUACUAGAUAGAGUUCUGCCACCAGCUCACCUGGAAACUCCAGAGCCAGCAGUGGCACAUGACAGAAACACCUGCAUUAUUUAUGAAAGCCAUGUCUAAUAUCAACUAUGAAAAGCUAUGCAUAUCAUGAAAAUCAGGGGCUGCUCCUUGUAGUGCAGAUGUAGUUCGCACUUGCCGCUAAGCCUUACCAGGAGACUCUGAUCCCUUAGGUAGGAGUGAUGCCAUUUUCAAAGGGGAAACACCUGAGUGCAGUUUAUUAUAAGCCUGGAACUUCCCCAGUAGGAAAGGAUGUGAGAAACAUCAGCGUGCAGAACUGAUAAUACUGGGCAGAAGGUGUCUGUCCACAUGAUACGAAUUUUAGAGGCUCUUCUCUGCCAAACAUCUUAAUGGGUGAUGCCCUUUCGGCAAAGAGAAUAUUACCGUAAGAUAUUCUGAGCUCAAGAGCCCUCCCUGUCCAAUGCACACUGCAUUGCAAAAAAAAAAACAACAACUAUAGGUCUGCUAUAAUAGCAAAUGCACGUACAUGGGUUUGUUGCACUUUCUUCUCAGUUUUUAUUCCUGUCACUGUUCCUUUAUAAUGUAGUAGUUGUUGUUAUGUUAAUACUAAUUGCUCUUUGGUUUAGUCCUUAUAGCCACUUUGUCCUUAUUUCCCCCUAGAAUGUGUACCUCAGAGGCUUUGGUAUCAGUCACCAGUACUGGGGCUCAUAUCCACAAGUCAGUUGUAAUGUUCCAGAGUACUUACUAGGCUCAUUAUUUUUGUCACUUCUCAGGCUUAUGUUCAUACAUCACUUUUUUGUUUGUUUGUUUCCAAUGAAGCUGCUAUUGUGAAACUGAGAAAACCUUUGCCCAGAAAUAGCACUUUAAUAGCCAAAUAAAAAUGUGUUUACCUGUCCAAUUCUGAGAGGCUUUUGAUGAGCCCAACUGAAGUAUGGAGGGAGACUGUAAAAGGUUGAAUAUACCGAUAUUACCCAUGAAAACCGCUCUUUUUAUGUUUAAGUAACAUCAUCCUACAAACAAACUGAUUCUUAAUGUGGAAAAUGUAUUGCUUCUGAAGACAGAGGCAUUUGAUGAAUCCCUGUGGGUUGUAGAAUAUUGGCUUCCCAGAAGAGCUUUGCAGGGCCAUAUGCCAUUGGGUGAUUCAAACACUGGAUUUGGGUCAGCAAAAUAAAGAUCUGUGAAGCCCUAUAACCAGGUCCACUGUUGUGAACUACAAAGCUAACCAUUGGUCUUGAAGGGGAGACUGAGGGGUUAGAAAAAUGGCAUGGGGAACUGUGUCAUCAAAUUUCAUGCCAGAUUGUGGAAUCAUCUUUUAGCCUCACAGGAAAGCAGUUAGAUGCGAGGCUGAAUGAUGUUUUGGAAAGAAGACAGAAGUCAGUCUAUGCAAAGCCCAACACGUUACCCAACUGUGCCAAUGACCAAUGCCUGGCUUUGGGCAGGUCUGGGUGUCGGUUUCCUUAUUUGUCAGAGGAGACAGACUAGAUGGACUCUGAGCACCAUCUAAAGAGUCUCACUCUCUCACAGAGCCAAACUGAUAUCAUCAUGCUUUCUCUCUGUCCAGUUACUUAACAGAUUUUCACUUGUCUCUCUGGAUUCAGCUCACAUUUUCUUAUGCUGCAUUACUUAUCCAAAGAGGAUCAAUUUCAAAUAAUCCUAGCAUUUUAAGCAAGUUGUGGAUCUUCUUUCCCAAAACAUUAUUAAGACCACUUCUAUAAUUGAAAUUUAAUCUAAUGGUGAGAAUUAGUGGUAUUUCAUUUUCACUUAGAAGCAGGGGGAGUAAACUUAAAGUGGUUGUAAGGGUCGUGGCUAUAUCAGGUGUUGGGGUCAGGACAUUGGAGGUUACAUCUUUUUCAUCUGCACGAUAUGGGGGUUGUACUUGAAGAGUCACAAGAUCCUACCAACUCAGACAUUUACUGCUUUAUGGAAAGUUUGUAAUCUCCCAAGAUGGCCCCACUGCAAGAGACAGACAACAUUGGAAGCAAAAAUGGAUACAGGAGAUUGGUUGCUUUUGCUGUCCAAAUUUUACCACAAAUGUAUCGGGCUCUGCAGCCUGAAAGCAGUGGGUUUGCCUUUAAGGGUGGCCUGACAGGCCUCUUUAUUCAUAGAUAACUAGUGUGAGAGGCAAUCUAACAAGACAUGGAGUUUGGUCAGACAUCACUUGGCCAGAAUGAACUGCUGGCAUCUAGUUAGAAGUGUCUCAGGUGGUUACAUAAAGCAAGUAGUAGUAUGGCAGUCAGGAGAAACCAUGACUUCUAUAUGGGCUCUCUGGACCAGGAUUUUAGGUAUUCAGGUUGCAGAAGAGUUUUAUCUCCACUUCUCAGAAUAUAAACAUUUUCCACUCACUAUGGAGAUCAGCAAAUUCCUAGUAUGGAUCUAUAUGGCCAAAACAAUAACAGAGAUUUAAGCUCAUUUUACGAUAUUGUGCGAACUUUUCCCCAUUGUGUUCAAUUCUCAUUCCACCCAAACCCAUGUGCAGAUUUCUGCAUGGAAAUUACAGAAGAAGGCAUCAAUUCCAUCUAGACAUUGAUUAGGGAUUUAAAAAAUGUAAAGUCAGAUUUUUUUACGAAGCAGGAGCAGAAAUGUGCGAUCAAAGAAUGUUCCAGAUUGGUUUUAGCUUCUUAAGACUGGGGAGAUUAUUAUAUAGGUUUUCCAAACUUUUCCCCUCUAAGGCAUCAAAAAGCUCUUGAUAUAAUAAUAGCCAACCUAAAAGGAGGUCAGCUUACAAUGGAGAUUUCUCCUUCCAGAAAUUAUGCGCUCUUCCUAUCAAUCUUACAGCUUCUUUAUGAAAUAAGAAAGGCUCUCCUAGAAUAUAAAAUGCAGAAGACCUCGUGACUUUCAGCUGAUUUUUCAAAAUAAACUCCAGCUUCAUAGAAAUUCAUAAAAGUAUGGCUGUAUGUGUGUGUGUGCUUGUGUGCACGAAUGCACAUCAGGCUCCUUUGGGCAGUUUAAAAGCUUAACACUAAAUCCCAAGCCAUUUCCUGUGGGUCUUAUGUAGUCAUUCUCAAUAUCAGUUUCUGGUUUCUGAGUCAUAUCUACAGCAACUUUCUUUUCUUGAAAUUCUGAAAAUGAUUCAGAUAUGUGUGCAUAUUUAAUUCACUUAGAUGACCUGUAAACUUGGACGGUAUUUAUUCUAAAUGGAAAAAAAAUUUUAUACUGAAAAUCUAUGUAAUUUAUAAUGGUUUUGUUUUAUAUAUUAUAUUUUCAUAUCUUUAGGGCACAUCUACUGUUAUCAUCUUUUUGUAUAUCAUACUUUGCAAAAAGAAAUACUAAUACUUGACUAAAAUCUCUAGGAACCAAACAUGACCUAUAAUGGAUAGAAUCUGCUUUAAAAAUAUCUGAAUGUUCUCACCCGUUCCAAGCAUUAUUGUGCCAUUAUAUCUGGAAUGGUUUGUCUCAGAUGCUUAUGAGCAUUCCUCUUUUCAAAAGUAAGGCAAAAAGGCCUGAUAACCCACACAACGGAUUCUGGAAUCUCCUUCCUUCAUCUUUUUUAUUGUUUGGUUCAUUUUUAACUGCAGAAGUCUAUGUUAAGUGUCCCUUUGAAGGGCAAAGGUGAGAUCAGAAAGCAGUUUGAUGAAAAGAGCUAUGGCUGAAUUGAGCUAUGGCUAUGUAAAUUAUUUAACAGACUGAUGAUAUGUUUCAAGUCUAAUGCUUAGAUUAUUAUUUAUUGGUGAUCUAGGACCUGCUCUGCUCUUCAGCACAUGAAGAAAAUGUAAGGCACAAAGAGUAUUUGCAUGUUGUGAGCAGGCACCCUUUCCGUGUAGUGCAGCCAAAAUAGAUCAGCUUAGCUAUUAUAGAAACACUCAUCCCGGCCACUGGAGACACAGUUUUAGAAAGGCAAAUCAGACACCUUUUAUUCACAGAUUGAAAUACAGUGUUGGAUCAGUGCUAAACGUCUUGUAAUAGCAGCCCCCCAUGAUUCUGCAAACGGGAUUUCCUCUCAGUGUUUCAGGUGGAAAGAAAAUGGAGCGUUUAGCUUAUCUUUCAGAUACUCUAUUUUAUACUCAGCGCAGUUCCAUUACUAUUCUGUACCCUUCUUCACAGAUCCUUUUGGCAUUCCCUUAAAAGUGUAAUCCCUGUUUCUACCCCUGCUUUUUAAACUCAUUUAUGGUACUCUUUAAACCUACCAAACCUCAUUGUAUAUUCACACACAUAUUUUGAGCACCUGAUAUCUUCAAGACACUAGUCAUUUUUACAUUCACCUAUUCAUUUAAAAAUCUCUCAGCAGAUAACAAAGUUCAUUUUCCUACUGACUUUUUUUUUAGAGUUUCUACAGUGAUUAAUCAGGUUUGGAUUAAACAAAUCAAUGGUGUGGGGGGAAAUCAAAACAGAAUUGCUUAAUAUGUUUUCCAAAGGACUGAGUGUGUGUCUGUUAUACAAGAAAGUAUCAUCUGAGGGUGAUAAUGAUCUUUGAGAAUUUUUUAGAGAUAUCAUUUUUAAGGGAGCUAAUCCUUAGAAUACCACAAUCAGAAGUGAAGCUCUUAAAGAAUGUAAAAAUAGAAAACAAAUAGUUCUAAGAAUAUUCUGGCAUAAAUUCAGUUUAUUUAACCAGUAACAGAAGCCUUCUAAUGUAUCUGUCGGACACCAUAGAGCUGCUUACAGUGAGUUAGGGUCAAAGAAGAUGCUUGCUUGCACUUAUGUUUGGCUUGCUAUCUCUCUAGUUUUGAAUGUCCUUUGUUAAAAUUGGAAAAUAAGAUGAAAAACGUUAUCCGGGCAGAAAUGUCAAAUUGUUUAUUUUGUGAACUACAAUUGUUCACUUUUUAAAAAUACGUUAAAGAUAUAUACAAAUGACUUUUAAGUUGAUGUUACAGUAGCAAAACAGAAAACCACGUGCUCCAUCCUGUAUUUUGAUUGUUGCUUUAAUAAAGGAUUUGCGCAGGUG